AUGCUCUUGUUGGACACUCUCCCCAUGCUCGGCAACGUUCUGCUUCUUUGUUUUUUCGUUUUCUUCGUUUUUGGAAUUCUCGGUGUUCAGCUCUGGGCCGGCCUUCUUCGUCAGAGAUGCUACCUCAAGCUGCCUGAUAAUGCUACUGCUGAUGGUUACAACCUUUCUGAUUUCUACACGCCUCCCAACUCCGAUAAGGAGUUCCUCUGCAGCAAGGAUCAAGACAACGGGAUGACCAAAUGUUCCGAUAUCCCACCACGUUACUUCAACGGCAAAAAAUGCAAUUUACCAGCUCCUGAAAUCAUUACAAAAAAAUUGUUAACAAUCUUCCAACAGACGUCAGAACGAGAUGAUGGCGGAACUUCUGCGACCGAUCUCAUCAGGAACAAGAAACUGUUGGGAAGGAAUGCGAUAAACUUUUUAAGACCGCCUACAACUUAUUACAACGGCUCAAAAAACGAACUCUUUGAAGUUAUCCUAGAAGAUGAGGAGCACUGCAUCAACUGGAACCAAUAUUACACGGAGUGCAAACCUCUCGGCGACAAUCCCUUCCUUGGAUCCAUAUCAUUCGACAACAUCGGAAUGGCCUGGGUCGCCAUCUUUCAGGUGAUUAGCAUGGAGGGUUGGUCAGAGAUUAUGUAUUACAUCCAGGACACGCACACCUUCUGGGACUGGUCAUAUUUUGUUCUCCUCAUCGUGAUAGGCUCCUUCUUCAUGAUCAACUUAUGCCUGGUCGUUAUUUCAGCCCAAUUUUCAGAAACAAAGCAAAGGGAGAUGGAGAGAAUUUUGAUGGAGAGGAACAUGGUGAGGUUUCGUUCGAGUAUGAAUUCCCUGUCGACGAUUGCAUCCGAAGAUGACGACAUGGAGGCUGGCUGCUACGAACAACUCAUGGCCUGCAUCGAAAGGUACGCGAGACGGUACAAAAGAAGAUUUAAAAAAUGGUUCAUGGGACGUUUUCGAAAAAAAGUAAUUCCAAGUCUCUCAGCGGCAUCGUCAGAACGUAAAUCAUUUUUUUCCCGUAAGUCAAAGAAGAACACGUUGCCAAAGCUUAUUGUUACGCGGCCGAAGAACAUGGUUGUACCUGUCCAUUCUCACAGCCAGUCGAGAAUUCCGAAGAUUGCCUUCAAUCAAAAUUCAAACUUAUAUAAUCGCAAUGAAAACAAUAAUGUUAAUAUCGAUGAUGAAUGUGAUGAAUUUCUUGGAAGGAGUUUGAUGGGUGAUGACACGGCAGUGAGGAAUGAUGAAGCCGAGCAAGCGGGCGAGAAUGAAAAUAAUUCAACUGCCACACAGAACUACCAAAACAUCUACGUUUCCAACAACACAGCACUAAGCAUGUAUAAUGACGACAACCAGAUUUUCCAAAAUAUCUGUGAUAACAACAAUAUUAACGUCAAAGACACUUGCCGCUUUAAUAAUAUUUCAAAUUUUCAAUUAAAAAAUGAAACAUCCAAGAUGAAGAAGGCAAACAGCAACGCCGACGACGAUGAAACGAACGAAUUAUCAUCGAUGCGCUUAUCUUCAACUUUCAGCGAUAUCGAUUUGUUUUCAAUAGUGAACGGUUUGUUCCCUGUAGCCAGCAAGUCCUCACAAGUUCAAAAAUUUGCUCCACGAGCGAGUCCAGAACGAUCGGACCUGGAUAUCAACUCCCUGCAAUCUUAUUUGCUCGUCUCUGAUAAAAUGAACGGAUUGAAUGAUGAAAGCAAGUGCAUGUGCCUGAUGGACGACAGUAGAUGCAUGCACACCAACCCUUCUUUAAACGUGAUUGAUAACUGCUCGUUACGGGAUAGAGCAAUUAUUUGGCAGGAAGAAAAGUUCCUCGGCGGAAACUGCAGACCAUCUUCUUACCACGAACCAAACCUGAGAAUUGGUUCUUUCACUCGCGAACGCAGCACGUCAACGAAUCGCCGGCAUAGCAACUGCAACGACAAUUUUGAAGUUGGUGCUCUUGACAGUUGUAACUGUCAUUUAACUAAUGAUCUUCCUACACCCUUUUUAAAAUUUAGAGAUAGUUUCAAACGUUUACAAUUAGAGCUAAAAUCACAGAAAAUACAUCAACAAUAUAAACCACAAAUUUUUUCUGACGUUAACACCUCGAGUAGUAGCAGCGCCUUCCACUUUGCGAUACUAUCACUAAAACGACAAAAUUUAAACCAAAGAAGAAUUUCUUUAAUAGAUCAACAACAUCAUCAUCAAGAAUGCCAACAACAUCAUCAUCAAGAAUACCAACAACAGCAGCAACUGUCUCAACAGCAAAAACGAAAAAAGAUUGAUCACAUGACCUCUGACGUCACAAAUCCGUGUUUCACCAAUGCUUCAUUCAUCAUGCACAUUGUUGGCUCCGUCACCAAACAUGCAAGCGCGACUGCAACUAAAAAAUGGCUGCCAACAACCUCAGCCUCCUCAACAACCCCAACAACAUCACCAACAACAUCAUUAUCAAGAAGAAUAUCAACGACAGCAACCUAUUUAAUUCAUUCGCAGUCGAAAUGCCAGCCACGUGAAAGUUCAAGGUCGACAUCGGCUCUCCGAGCAACAAACAUAGCCCUGAUGGCUGACCACAAAAUGAAAGAGGGUUCCUCGGGUGACGUCAUCAAAUUGGAUUGGAAACCCUACGAUGCGAUGAAAACGUUCAUGGGAAAUAAUUGUUCGCGUGAACAAUUUGAUGACCAGCACAACAUCAACAACAGCAACAACAGCAUCAACAACAACAGCAACUUCAACAACAACAACGAUACUUAUAAUCCUGCUAAACCAUCUGAACCGAGGAAGAAAUCCAGCAAAAUCAUCCUGAAGGAGCCAACGAUUCCCACCUCAACAUCGUUUGAGGAAGAUAUUCAACAACAACAAGAUGGUAACGGGGCUGCUGAAGCGAUUUCCUAUUCACUAAAAUUAGUUUUACCAUUUCUCAUGGGAGUUCCCAUGCUCACUUCUAGUACUUCAGUAUGUAGGUUGGUAGGAUGUUUGAAAAAAAUGAGACUGGCAGUAAAGGCAGUGGUGGACAGCACGUGGUUCCAACGAGGCAUUCUCAUCUCCAUCUUCGUCAAUAGCAUCUUCAUGGGCAUUGAGUUUCACAACCAGCCAGAAGUGAUGACACUGGUCGGAGAGUAUUCAAACAUGAUAUUCACCUGUUUGUUCGCUUUCGAGAUGUUGCUCAAAAUAUUCGCCGAUGGUUUAUUUGGCUACAUUCGGAUCGGAUUCAACGCAUUCGAUGGUGUUAUUGUCAUCGUUAGCAUCGUAGAGAUAGCACAGGGUGAUUCAGGCGGUCUCUCGGUACUUCGAACGUUCCGACUGUUGCGAAUCUUGAAGUUGGUUCGAUUCCUUCCAGCUCUCAGGUACCAACUCGUCGUCAUGUUGAAGACCAUGGACAACGUGGCCACCUUCUUUGCUCUCCUCAUGCUCUUCAUUUUUAUUUUCAGCAUAUUAGGUAUGAAUCUGUUCGGCUGCAAGUUCUGCGAUGUCAACCCGAUAACAGGUGAGAAGCAGUGUUGGCGUAAAAAUUUCGAUUCUCUUCUCUGGGCCACUGUCACCGUCUUUCAGAUAUUAACGCAAGAGGAUUGGAAUGAAGUGUUGUACAUGGGCAUGUCCAGGACGCACUCGCUGGCAUCUCUCUACUUUAUCCUUCUCCUCACCUUUGGAAACUACGUCCUCUUCAAUUUGCUGGUUGCCAUCUUGGUUGAAGGUUUCGCGUCGGAGGCUGAAGAGGCAAACUGUCAAAAGUCGGCUUCCAUUGCAAAAUCCUUCACGUCAACUGAUUCUAUUGAUGCGCAUAAGACAACCUCCGCCACCAACAACAACAACGAUGGCAACCCAGAAACUAGCAACACAAACCUCAGCUUUUCCCGACCUGAGAGCCCAGGAACUCAUCAUCAUCAAUCACAUCAGCAUGAACAUCAGCAACAUCAUCAGCAACCAACCAACACACAAAACCUAUCACCUAUUCAUUUGAACCAGUCCCAGCGUUAUUCCGACAGCCAGCCCUCUAGUCGAUUUUCCAUUAAAAUAACUGAUAAGAGCAAGUACUCUGGCGUUGGUGUGUUGAAUCCAAAAAAUAAAUGGCUGCCUCUGGUUCAACGAACAAGCAAAGUUGCAGCCAAGCACCCCACGUAUCUACUUCACCUGGAUAAGCUGGAUGUCAACUCGAUCAAGUACAAAGAGAAUGCCUUCCUAGCCGAGACUCUUGGAAAGUCGGAUGAAGAUUCAAAUUUAAAAAUCUUUUUCAUUGAAAUGCAACAAAAAUUGAAAUGGCAGCUCUGUGAGUGCCGCUUCUGCCCAACAACACCGCAUGGUUUCUUCAGGAGGAGGGUGCAUUACACUUUCUACUGCAUGUCACCUCUCGGCAGGUUCAGAAAAUUCUGCAUUAAUUUGGUGGUGAAGAAGUGGUUCGAUUAUCUCAUCCUCUUCAUCAUUGCCCUCAACUGCAUCACUCUCGCCAUGGAACGCCCGACCAUUCCCGAUGACUGCCCGGAGCGACAGUUCCUGACAAUCAGCAACUACAUAUUCACCAUCAUAUUUGGGCUCGAGAUGUUCAUCAAGGUAAUAGCGAGAGGCUUAUUGUUGGGCCACUUCGCCUACCUGAACAACGGCUGGAACGUGAUGGACGGCAUGCUGGUCUGUGUUUCUGUCGUGGACAUCGUCAUCACACUGACAGCUGACCACAGUCCAAAAAUAUUCGGCAUCCUCCGAGUUUUCAGGAUAUUGAGAACUUUAAGACCUCUCAGGGUUAUAACGCAAGCGCCAGGCCUCAAGUUGGUCGUUAGAACGUUGUUGACAUCACUGAGACCCAUCGGCAACAUUGUCCUCAUCUGCUGCACCUUCUUCGUCAUAUUUGGAAUUCUCGGCGUUCAGCUGUUCAAAGGCACCUUCUACCAUUGUGACGGACCCGAGUUGUACGAUGUUAAAAACAAAAGCGACUGCUUGGGGAAGGGAGUUGAAUAUAGGUGGCUCAAUCGUAAAUACAAUUUUGAUCAUCUUGGUCACGCUUUGAUGACUUUGUUCGUGUUGGCUUCGAUGGAUGGUUGGGUGAAUAUUAUGUAUUCAGGCUUGGACGCCGUUGGAGUUGAUCAACAGCCCAUAAUGAACUACAACGAAUGGCGUCUCAUCUACUUUAUUUCCUUCCUACUUCUCGUUGGCUUCUUCGUCCUCAACAUGUUUGUCGGGGUCGUCGUGGAAAACUUCCACAAGUGCCAGGAAAAGCAGGAAGAGGAGGAUAAGAUGACUUUGGAAAAGUUUAGACGCAACGCAAUUCCAGAAAAAGCUGACGAAGAGAAGGCGGCUUUCUGGCAGAAGUACCCUAGAUGGCGUAUGUUGGUGACUACGGUCGUCACCAGCAAAUACUUCGACCUGGCCAUCGCCGCCAUCAUCGGCCUCAACAUUCUCAGCAUGGCUAUGGAGUUCUAUCUCAUGCCCAAGGAGCUAUCUUUCGCGCUGAAAAUAUUGAACGUCUUCUUCACGGCCAUCUUCGUCAUCGAGGCCAUAUUGAAAGUUACUGCCCUCGGGUUUGUGCGCUACAUAAUGGACAGAUGGAACCAGUUGGACGUUAUGAUAGUGAUCCUCUCCAUCACGGGCAUUGUUUUUGAGGAGGUGAGGUCAGGGUACGUGCCCAUCAACCCCACCAUCAUCAGGGUCAUGAGGGUUCUCAGGAUUGCCAGGGUCUUGAAAUUGUUGAAGAUGGCGAAAUCCGUACGGGCGUUGUUGGACACAGUGAUGCAGGCUCUACCAGACGCUGGCAACCUGGGCCUUUUGUUUUUUCUCCUCUUCUUCAUCUUUGCGGCUCUGGGCGUCGAACUGUUCGGGAGGAUUGAAUGUUCUGAGGUGCACGAGUGUGAGGGCCUUAGCAAGCACGCACACUUCCAAUACUUCGGCAUGGCAUUGCUCACUCUCUUCAGAGUAGCCACUGGCGAUAAUUGGAACGGAAUCAUGAAGGCAGUUUCAUUCUUACCUUCCUAUUCUUAUUCGUCCAUUCUUAUUUGUUCAUACUUGGAUGUAUUGAGAGACGACUGCGACGCAUCUGAUGAUUGUAGCAAGAACUGCUGCAUCAAUGCUUUCGUCGCCCCGGCUUUCUUCGUCACAUUCGUUCUUAUCGCCCAAUUCGUUCUCAUCAACGUCGUCGUUGCCGUCCUUAUGAAACAUUUAGAGGACGGCAAAGACAUGAACACCGAUGAGAUGGAUGAUGAAAAUGAAGGAGAUGAUGAUGAUGAUGAGCAGGAGAAGGAAGAUGAUGAUGAUGGUGGCGAUGGUAAAUACUUUGGAACAUCCAUCGGACAGGAUGAAGAGAAUAUUACUAAAGAAAAAGUUGGAGAACUGAAGGUAGGUGCAGAAAAAGGUGAACAGAAGUUGCAUCUCCCAAAGAGCAGAGUAAAAAUUUUCGUCAAUGGCAACAAUGAUGGUUCUCGCGACGAUGCUUUCAACAACAGUAACAACAACAACGACAACAGCAAAGACGACGAAAAUUUUAAAACUAAUUCACUUUCCCAACGGUAUAAUGUGAAAUGCGAGAUAAAAAAUUCAGUGGGAAAUAUUGGAGAAUGUUCGGAUAGCUCUGAAAUGCAAAUGAAUGGAAUGGGCAGUUUGAGACAGUUUGCAAGAAUUUUUAAAAGUUUGAAGAAAGCUCGCAGUGAUGUUAAUAUUUGUCACAAAGAAACACAUAGAUUUGCAUCAAGCACGUGCGACGUGGCAUCAUACCGUUCAAUCGAUGAGGCUUCGAAUCCAGCCACCACCAACAACGAAAAUAUCGCCACCAUCGUCAUUCAAACACCAAGUUUUAUGCAGCAGCAGCAGCAUCGGCAAUCCCCAAACUCAUCAUGGCCGCAUUAUUAUCAUUCGGUGGCUUCCAUUAACUUUCUUGAUGUGGGCGACUGCGUCGGCCAACAAACGACCGCUAAUUCUCAUCUGAGCACUCAUUUAUGA